AUUUAGUAUCGUGGCAGAAAUGUCGGUGAACGGACGUUCAAAGUAUUCGCCGUGAAGGAUAUUAUUUUUCUCCAGUAUCAUACGCAUCCCACUGCCAAGAAUAAAUCAGCACUACACUUAUUACUUCUAUUCCAUUUUUUAUGAUAUUCUAUAAUUAGUUAUAAUUGUUCAUAAUUGUUCGUAAUUAUCAUCGUUAUUCCGUGCAACCGGACAGAGUGUUGCAAAUUGGAACAACGGAUUAUGCCUGGUGAUUAGCGAUUAUCGCGAGGAUUCAACGGUUCAUCUGCGAGAAGACAAAAUGCGUUUGUUCAAAAGACUUCCUAGCGAUCCGUGUCCUCAGCUCGUUUCAGCUACUCCAUUAUCUCAGGAUGAGGGUGUUACAAAAAGUUGCACGAAUGAGGAAAUGUCUACUCCGAAAAGUACUAGAAAUGGCGAAGAAAUGCCACCACCGAGUUCAGCAGUUUCAACGAGAAAAAGCAUCGCAACGUGGGGAAGAAAAGUAGGACGUAGAUGGGAUCAGUUGAAGAGAUCAGAGAGCUCUGAGAUACUCGAUCUGUCGGGUAGGAGACGUCGAUGGAGUCCCAAUAGACGAAGUGUUUGCGAGACGACCGAACAAGAAACGAGCCCAAAAGAUUCGAAACCAAAGAGGAUAUCACGAGUGGAAUCCCUGAGAAAUUUGUUUCGAGGGGGAGUCACUAAUAAUGAGGGGUCACCGAAGAGCGGGACGAUACAAGAGGAAGACCCGGUGGCUUUGAACUUAUACAAGAUGGACAAAGCAUUGAGUGAAGGAGCCUUGAGAACUGUUACACAAUCGAGGGAACCGCAGAAUCCUCGUACUUUAGCAGAAAAGAAGGAUAAGCUAAAUCAGGCUAUUAACAAUCUUCAAGAACAGCAUAAAGUGCUGGAUUAUAUUUUAAAGAAUCAGGAGAUUCUGAGAACUGAAAAAGGGAGCAACUUGGCACGUGAGACGCUUGAAAAAGUUCGCACACACAGCCCAUCCCACAGAGAAGAGCCUGUAAACCUCAGGCGAAAUAAACCAUCCAAGUCUCGUGAUAGUCCUUUAGGCAGUAAUGUAAAGAGAAAUCUCUUCAGUGCAAGAACAAGCAGUGGUGAGAACGAACGGAUAGAAAAUCGAAAAUCCUACACCGGAUCAGCAAUAGACGACUUAAUGUGCAACCUGCGUCUAGGGUGUGACGAGAGUGGAUAUGAUUCAGAUAGUACCCGAGCAGGUGCUGACUCUCCAGACAGUGAGCAAUCAGCCCCAUCGAUGCUGAAGCCACGCAGUUUCUCCAUUACUUCAGAGGACUAUCAAGGGAUUGACCUCUCCCUGAUGCCCAUGGUGCCUCUCCCUCCAGUCCCUGUAAGCACUCCCACGAAAAACAGCCCAAUAAAAAAUUCUGAGAGUCCUGGGAACUUCAUCCAGCCUCUCAACGAUUCUCACAAUCUCAACAAUCUGGACAACACACUCAACUCAUCCGUUCACACAGAUGUAACAUUGAUGUCAGACGACGAAACCGACAGCUGCGACGACGAAGCGUUCGAGGCACUUCAGAAUGGCUUGCGCAUUCGUUUGAACCCUAGUCUCAUGGAGUGCGACGUUAACUCAUUCGAGGACAACUUCACGAGCAUUCCCUCAAUAAUUCAGAACAACAACAAUCCAGUGUCACCUCCCAGCACAUACAAAACUCUUUCCAAGUGCAAAGUACCUUCGAAGCCCCAAAUUUCAGAGGCUGACCGAGUCGCUCUGCUCAGUCGGUCGAGACUCCAGUCACCCCAGAGGCUCCCCAAGUGCCACUCAAGCAUUAAAAAUAGAAAACCCUCCAACGCGAGUGUCUUGAAUCUCCUCGACAACGCAGCAUCACCGAGCAAAGACAGUCCACCGGCUUCAAAAAUUAAAUCCACAUCAAUUAAUCCAAUUCCCUAUUACAGUCCUAAACGUACCCGUUCGAAAAUGGAGCCUGACUCGCCAGGUGAUGUUACCACUAAGGUGAAACGUCCAGUGAUAACUGCUAAGGCACCCAUCUCAUCGUCCUCAAAGCUUCUUAUGAAAGUUGUGGUGGACAAGCCAGGAAAUUUGGGCAUUUCCGUGGAUCGUCAGGGGGCGGUGAGGCCCACUUACAUUAUUUCAAAGUUGGAUCCCAAUGGAGGUGCUGCCAAAUCUAAACAGAUUCACGUUGGUGAUGAAAUUGUUCGCGUGUCUGGCCGUAGGGUUCGAGGUACGACAGCUUCUGAGGCCAGAACAGCCUUAAAAAGUUGUGUUGGUCCUGUGGAGCUGCAAAUCGCCAGGGAGUCGAAGGAGUCGAGAUUUUCCUUCGAUGUGGACCUGGGAGACACCUGGGGGGACUCAUUGGUACGUACGAGGAGUGAUACUGAGAUUUGGACACUCAGGGAUUCAUCCGAAGAGAAAAAGGACUCGAUUAAGGAUGCCCCUGGGACUGGGAGUGAGGCAACUACUUGCCAGGUCAUUGGGGCUCUCACCAAGGAUGGAAGGAGUCUCUCUAAUGUUACCAUGGAUCGGUUGGAGAGCUGUACGCUGAAUACUGAGAUUCGGAAUAAGACAGAUAAUAAUGUCUCACGUAAAAUGACUGGAAUGAGGAAAUUCCAAGUGACGAAGAAACGAUAUUCAACGCCUGUUUCAUUGGGACGUCGGGCUACCAGCGGCUGCAUUGAUUUGUUAACUAUCACUUUGGAGAAGGGGGCACCCAAGAAACUUGGCUUCUCCAUCGUUGGUGGGGCUGACAGCACCAAGGGCAGAAUGGGAAUCUUUGUCAAGGACAUUUUACCUGAUGGACAAGCUGCUGAGGAAGGCACUCUUAAGGCUGGAGAUGAAAUUCUUGCGAUCAAUGGGAUCCUGAUGGAGGGACUUACUCAUGCUGAAGCACUGCAAAAGUUCAAAGCUGCUAAGCAGGGGAAGAUUAUUCUACAUGUGGGCAGGAAGGAAACCUCGCAUAAACGGUUAUUAGUUGGACAUUAAAGUCGCAUUAACACAAUGAUGGGCCAGUCCAAAUCCUACAACUGUUUGGACAAGUUGGUAGAGGGCAGAGAGAAAUGACUAAGAUCGAAUAUCAUGGGAAAAAUCUAGUUACCAUUUCUUUUUUUUUUUUGUAAAGAUUUUUCUUCUACUCAUUUGUAUUAUGCGUUAGGAAUAAUUUCCUAGGAACGAUCUUUUCUUCAUUGAAGAUGCGUGUAUAUACUUCCAUUCAUUUAAUUUAGUUAAGGAGUGCGUGUUAUGAGUUAGGAUUAAUUAUUAAGAAAAUUGUGAUACUUGAUUUAGAUUUUUAUGGAGGUGAUUGAAAUUCUCAAUGUCCACGAUUUUUUGUUGAUUUGAUAAUGAUGUAAUGAUGAGAAUAAGGUUUCCGUACGUGGAAUGAGUGAAUGAUUGGACUACUGAGAAUUGAUGAUUGCUUACUAUGAAUUUGUAAAAAUAUUUGAAUCUUUAAAAACGUCAAAGGUGAAUUGACCUUUGAUAUACGCAAAGAAAAAUAUUCCGAAGGGCUUCCACCGUUUGGCCCAGAGUGGGCCCUCAAGUGAACAACUCAAUUCUCAUUAGCUGUAAAUUAUUAUUCAUCAAAAGUCAAUCACUACUUUUCAACAUUAACUUCAAGUUUAUUCGACCUAUCCCUGUUAGAUACAAUCCGCUAACACGUGGUAUACGGUCCACAUGACAGUCCACCUGUGGCUCAUAAUUAACAUAUAUUUUUAUGUUUUUUAAAUGUAAUUCAUUUAAUUUGAGCCACAAAGUGGAAAACAUUUCCCAGGAACAGUUUUACGAAAUUUUUGGACACUAAUUGAGUACACAUUUGGUUUACUCGCGAUUCGGUUAGAACAGCGUAGAAUUGAAGUACAGUUGUAACAUUCCAGUAGCAAAAAGCUAAAUCAUAUUAAGUCGGUUUGUUCUCAUAAAGUUUUUACGAAAUAUUUCAGAAUCAAACAGAGAUAGUGAAAAUAGCGUGAGGGCCUCUUUUGUAGAUCUCAAUGAGAUUACCAAAAAAGGUCCUGACCAGAAAUUCACUCUCCCUCUUAAAUUCAGAGACAUCUCGUAAAAACUUUUUCACCGACUAAAUCCACUCGUUACCUUUUAUCUCUUUGCUGCUGAUUUAUAUGUCAUUAGAUUUUAAAUGUAAUGAGACUGACAUUGAACAAUGUCUACCUGAAAUAAUGCUGUGAUACGGAUUGUAGUCACAUUAAUCUAGAUGUCGUAUAAAACAAUGUAUAUACAAAUAAACAGGUCCUUUUGUUAAUUA